AAGGAAUACAGCAUUAACAGAGUUAAAAUGCCCCUUUGCAUAGCCCCUGUAGUUCCUUUCCAGCUUAUGAAAUUACCCAAUUUAUACCAGGAUCUACUGCAAAGAUGUAUCAAAAAAGCUUGCAGCAACUGCGCGAAAGUCAUCAAAGAACCUGCUUUAUGUCUUCUUUGUGGAAGGUUGUGUUCUCCCGUACACAACCCUUGUUGCAGAGAAAGUGCUUGUCAGACGCAUACAGUAACCUGUGGUGCUGGUAUUAGUGUAUAUCUUCUGAUACGGCGGACCACAAUUUUGCUACAAAGAUUUGCAAGACAAUCACCUUGGCCGUCUCCGUACUUGGAUAGUUUUGGAGAAGAGGAUAUCGAAAUGAUGAGAGGAAAACCACUGUACCUGAAUGAAGAACGUUAUGCUGCAUUAACUUACAUGGUUGGUUCUUAUGGACUGGAUCACAUUUCGGAAGUUCUCAAUCAAACCACAAUCGGAGGAGCCUUCUUCACUUGAGAGACAAAAAAGUUCUUUUUUUUCCAUCCUUCCUUUCUCAGGGGUUGUUUUCUCUGUAUAAAUUGCAUAUGCUGCUUUUAAGAUUCUGAAGAUUUGAGAGUUUUUCUGAUGAUUUUUCUUUUUAUCUUUUAAAUCUCACUUUGUUUGGUUGAUUAUGGUAUGGAGAUGCCAUCAAGUUUGUAAAUCAGACUACUUUU